AUGAAAGGUUGCUACAACUGUGGGGAGGAAGGACAUUUCAGUUGGAAUUAUCCCAAGAAAGGACUCACCUGUUACAAUUGCCAACAAGCGGGACAUCUUUCAAAGGACUGUUCCAAGAAAGGAAUCAUCUGUUACAACUGCCAACAACCAGGACAUUUCGCAACUGACUGCACAAAGUCGCGACAAGCUAGACAGCUUCAGGGACCGCCAGAAAAUGCUAGGGUGCGGCAAGGAAGGGUAUUCAACUUGACACAGCAAGAUAUGGCAGAGGACCCGACCGUAAUUCAAGGUACCAUGUUCAUUUCUGAUUUUCCUAUGCAUGUUCUGAUAGACUCCGGAGCAUCUCAUUCAUUCAUAUCACAUGCGUUAGCUAAAGAGCUAGGGGAAGAACCUGAACAAAUGAAUUGCCGUAUGAUUGUAGCAACCCCUAUGGGGAAGUCUCAAGAAACAUCGUCGGGGUACCAAGAUAAGUUAAUCCAAAUAGGAGAUGUUAAAUUCCUAGUAGACCUAAUCCUACUAGAAAUUAUGGAUUUCGAUGUAAUCUUAGGAAUGGAUUUCCUAGGGAAAUACAAUGCCUCGAUAGAUUGUAAAGCCAAAAUAGUCAGUCUUAAAAUUAGAGACUCUAUUGUCAAGUUUCGAGGGCAAGGAAGGGUAAAUGAAAAGAAGUGGAUCUCAGCCUUGAAGGCAGAGAAAUUAUUGCAAAAUGGGGCAUACGGGUAUCUGGCCCAUAUCGAGGAAAAGAAAGAAGAUCUUUUAAAAAUAGAGGAGGUGUGGAUAGUUAAUGAAUUCAGAGAUGUAUUUUCGGAGGAGCUACCUGGGUUACCACCGUAG